AUGCUUGCCAAAAAUCCCGACGCGAGCCGGUGGGGCCGCUUUUUGAGAGAGUUUCGCAAGUUGUUCUUGGUAUCGGAACGGCACCCUCUCGUCUUCGAUUAUAUACGGAGUUACCGCGCCCUGGUGGCAGAGCGGCGACGAUACUUUGUGGAAGGCCACAGUGUCAUCCAUCCGCUAAGCAUGUUCAGGUUUGAAAAUCCUUUCAACAUGUUAUUUAUUGAAAAUUGCGAUGUGUUCCUCCUGUUUUUCCAAUCUCUAUGCUUUCUCGACUUAGUAUUAUGCUUUAACAUCGGUUUAUUGAAGAAAGAGUCAGCUUCAAUAAUACUUGACCGUAGAAGUAUUGCAAGGGCAUACGUCUGUAGCUACUUUUUACCGGAUCUGUUGUCAUCUGUUCCUAUUUCCUACAUUUUGCUCAUGAUGGGAGCAAGGAGUCGGCGAGACUUGCUGAUCCCGGACCUCCUGCCUUUUAUUCGCGGCUUUCGAAUUCUUUCUAUUCUGGAAGACCUCCGGACUGCCUUACAGAUGGUGACUAAAUCGCAUCUCUGGUACCGAGUGAUCCGCCACCUCCUGUUAGUCAUACUGGCAAUACAUUGCUUCACUUGUUUUCUCUAUGUUCCUUCGUGUUUUGUACAUUAUGGUAUGGUGAUAUUUGAGGGCGCGGGUGCACUGAAAGGAGUAGUUCCAGUUGGGUACACGGGGUUCCUUGACACAGAAAACAUUACACGCGUCUUCUAUGACCUGUCGAACGGGCAACGCUAUAUAAAAGCUAUGUUUGUAGCUGGUUCCGCGUUUUUCAGCACUGGAUUCAACAUGUUCGAUAGCUAUCAUGAGCCCGAAAUAAUAGUCAACUCGUUUAUAAUGUUAUUUGGAUCCAUGUUCAAAUUGUACUCAGUUGUGUAUUGGCUAAAAACUUACAUGACCAUCUACAACUCUACUUUGAGGUACCAGGAGUUGCUGGAUCAAGUUGAGAAAUUCAUGAGUCACCACCAGUUCCCUCUGAUAUUGAUGAGGCGUUUGCGUGACUACUACAGAUAUCACUUCCAGGAGCACUAUUAUAAAGAACCAGUAGCUCUCGGCUACCUCUCAGCACAGCUUCAACAUGAGAUACGUCUCAAUACUUUACAGACGAUGGUGGAUAAAGUGGAGAUCUUCCAGAACUUACCACCGGCGUUCCUAGGCAGGCUCAUGGGAUACCUUGAACAUGAGAUAUUCUUGCCUGAUGACCUCGUCUUUCACGUCGGAGAUGUCAGUAGACACAUGUACUUCGUAUGCACUGGAACGCUAGCCCUUUAUACUGUCAAAGGAGUUGAGGCAAUGCACCUAGUAGAUGGUGACUACGUCGGAGCCCUUACCCUGCUGACGGCGAGCGUCCGACGCGUGACGACACUGGUCGCCAUUGAAAUCACGCACACUUAUCGACUGAGCUUCGAGCAUUUGGGAGAGCUGAACAAACUCAGCACGUUGUUGCUUGACCGCGUCAAGAAGGGGACCUUCAAGCGCUUCACGCAAAUUGUGCACGUGGACGAGCUUAUGCUUCUUGAGCCAUUGGCUAAUAAAUGA